CCAAUAGGCAGAGUCCUAGGACCUGCCCUCGUCUGGUUCAGGGGCUAGAAAAGAGCGUCGAUGCCGGCGGCAGUGAUGAGUUCUAGGAGGCGCUGGCUCCUCGGCGGCUCGGAGGAGCGGCUGCUGCUGCUGCUGCUGGUGGCCCCUUUGCAGAUGUAUUGCUGUCCUUGAAUAUUAGCCCAUUUGAAAACGCCUGGGAAGUUCAGCCAUCAGUAUGUCCAAGUACAAACUUAUUAUGUUAAGACAUGGAGAGGGUGCUUGGAAUAAGGAGAACCGUUUUUGUAGCUGGGUGGAUCAGAAACUCAACAGUGAAGGAAUGGAGGAAGCUCGGAACUGUGGGAAGCAACUCAAAGCGUUAAACUUUGAGUUUGAUCUUGUAUUCACAUCUGUCCUUAAUCGGUCCAUUCACACAGCCUGGCUGAUCCUGGAAGAGCUAGGGCAGGAAUGGGUGCCCGUGGAAAGUUCCUGGCGUCUAAAUGAGCGUCACUAUGGGGCCUUGAUCGGUCUUAACAGGGAACAAAUGGCUUUGAAUCAUGGUGAAGAACAAGUGAGGCUCUGGAGAAGAAGCUACAAUGUAACCCCGCCUCCCAUUGAGGAGUCUCAUCCUUACUACCACGAAAUCUACAAUGACCGGAGGUAUAAAGUAUGCGAUGUGCCCUUGGAUCAACUGCCACGGUCAGAAAGCUUAAAGGAUGUUCUGGAGAGACUCCUUCCCUAUUGGAAUGAAAGGAUUGCUCCUGAAGUAUUACGUGGCAAAACCAUUCUGAUAUCUGCUCAUGGAAAUAGCAGUAGGGCACUCCUAAAACACCUGGAAGGUAUCUCAGAUGAAGACAUCAUCAACAUUACUCUUCCUACUGGAGUCCCCAUUCUUCUGGAAUUGGAUGAAAACCUGCGUGCUGUUGGGCCUCAUCAGUUCCUGGGUGACCAAGAGGCAAUCCAAGCAGCCAUUAAGAAAGUAGAAGAUCAAGGAAAAGUGAAACAAGCUAAAAAAUAGUCUUUCUCAACUGUUGGCUAAGAAGAAAUGCAAAAGAAGUGGCAUAGGAGUGUGUUAUGGGUGCUGAACUCUCUCUCUUUUUCCCCGAUUUUCCAGAGCUAGGCUAUGGAGUAGAGUUUGUAUAGGUAACUAGGUAACUUUUGUGGCCCAGAUAAGGCUUUAGGAUGCCUCAGUGCUUAUGUCAUAGCCUUAUGAGUUAGCUUUCCUGCUAGCCCCCUAGUCGGUCACCAAACUAGUAACUAGUGGGGUUUAAUGAAGGUCAUAAGUUUCUGAGAUGGGAGAGCAACAAGUAGAGAUGAAGCUAAAGGUAUUUAUCAUUCAAGAAAUCAUUAUUGAGUCACCAUUGACAGGCACUAUUCCAAUCAGUAGUUCACUUUAAUAUUUAGUAAGAUUUUCUGGGAUAACAGUAAAGGAUAUUAGAUAAUAUACCAUAUGUAUUUAUUACUAGUCUUUUCCUCUAGGAAAAGGGAUGCUUUGAUAAUUAAGGCCAGAGGCCCAUUAGUUGAGAAAGUCACAGAUAUAUUUCUCCAAGAAAGCCAACAACCACCACCACAAUGACAGAAAUGACAACAAGGCCCUUUAACUUGUCUUCUGGUUUAGAGACAUCCUUCAUUUGACAUUUAGUAGAAUUCCUCUUUGGCCACAAGAAUAAGCAGCAAAUAGACAACUAUGGCUGUUGAGGUUCUCAUUUUGGUUUGUUUUAAUUUUUUGAACUUUAAUGUUUGGGUACCUGUAAUUUAAAAAUAAAGUUCCUGAUAAUAACGUGACUGAAAAUGGCAUCCCCAAA